AUGACCCAAAGCAACCUGUCGAAGGACACCCUAUACAUUGUCUACAUUGCUAUUGAGGCCCUAAUAGCAGUGAGUGCCAUCUUGGGAAAUGCUCUGGUAAUCUGGGUGGUGAAACUGAUCUCAGCUAACCAGAAUACCACUUUUUACUUCAUUGUGUCUCUGGCCCUGGCAGAUAUUGCUGUCGGGAUUCUUGUUAUUCCGUUGGCCAUCACAGUGAGCUCGGGGAUUAUGAUGCACUUCUAUGCUUGCCUUUUUGUUUGCAGCCUCUUGAUGGUUUUUUCUCACGCAUCCAUCAUGUCCUUAAUGGCCAUAGCAGUUGAUCGGUAUUUGAGAGUGAAGUUUCCCACACAGUACAAGAUAAUUGUCACACGGAGGAGAAUCUGGAUGGCUCUAGGAACUUGCUGGUUCAUCUCUCUGUUAGUGGGUCUUGUGCCCAUGUUUGGAUGGAACCUCAGGAACUCCCAAAACCCUAGCAAGUUGGAAUGUUAUUACCAGAAAGUGAUGAACAUGGAUUACGUGGUGUACUUCAGCUUCUUUUCAUGGAUUCUUGUUCCACUGCUGAUCAUGUGUAUACUCUACGCAGAGGUCUUCCACAUCAUCCAAACAAAGCUGAAACAAAAUGCAGCACCAAUCAAAGGAACAGGAAUAUUUUAUAGAAGGGAGUUUAGAACAGCCAAGUCUUUGGCCCUGGUCCUUUUCCUCUUCAUUGUGUGUUGGUUACCAUUGUGCAUUCUCAAUUCUAUCUCACAUUUCUGCCAAACAUGUGGAAUACCUGUGGAAUUGUUAUAUGUAGCCAUUCUACUCUCCCAUACCAAUUCAGCCAUGAAUCCUAUUGUUUAUGCCCUCAGGAUCAAGAAGUUCAGAAAAACUUAUAUCCUGAUUUUGAAAACUUACAUCUUGUGCAUGAAACAAGAACCAGAUUGCUAUGACAUCCUUGGUGACAUGAGACAACUAUACGGCACUUACCUGGCUGGCUGCACGCAGCUACAGCCGGGUGCCCCGCAGUUGCCUUUUGUCGCUCGGCCGGAGUGGUUGGUCCGAGCGACUGGGGCAGUGAGAAGGCAGCAGCGGCGGUUUUGCGCGGCGGAGCGGCAGCGCAGCGGCGGGAAGAGCCUUCGGCGAUCGGAGAGGCGGCGGGGAAGCCGUCGGCGCGCCGAGGGCUCUUGGAGCAGCGGCGGCCGCUUGCGGAUCGCAGCGGCGGCGGCCAGAGGAGGCCUCCAGCUGCGUGGCGGCGAGGGAGCGUCGCGGCGGCAGCGGAGUUUGGAGUCGCCCGCAGCUGCGGGGCGACUGAGGCUUGGGGGCACUGUGGGCCUGCUCAGGGGACGGGGCGGCGGCAGUGCAGGCUUAGGCCGCGGCGGCGCCCGGCGAGUGGGGUGGCCUUUCUGUUCCCGGGGUGGGGGCGGCUGCUUGGGCCCUGUUGGGUGA